UUACGUUUUUAAUUGCUCGGACGUGGACGUCCUGUAGAAUGUUGCUAUAUCUUAUGACAGUUUUUAAUGAAGCAAAAGCGUUAUGAAAAAGUGAUGGCUCUCCAAACCAUGUAAAGAGAAAAUUGUCUUUUUUUUUUUGCUGUGGAAAAUGUUGUCAUCGCAAUUGUGUCUGUCUUUUGACGUUUGUUCUUCAGCUAAAAAGAACGUUUGGUUAGCCGUUUUAAUAUUUGUUCUUUAAAACACUAUUUCGCUUUUAUAGCUUUGACAUUAAAAGCUACUAUUUAAUUUUUAUUAUGUGUUAUUUACUUAAAUCUAAGAUUACACUAGUUUAUCUUGAUUCGGAGCUAUUGUACACAAUAUUAGAUACAAAACAUGCACAUUUCGAAACGAACCGUUAGGGUCCUUUAUGUACGUUUUUGUCGGCUGGUAUGAUGAGCUCACAAUUAGACCAAGAAAUAAACAUCAAACGAGUCUCCCGCAAGAGAUCGAGAGAUGCUUUGAGAAGUCACUUCACCCCUGCAAAAAAAAGACAUAGUAGCAGCCCCACCGCGAAAGAGCACAGCUCGUCGCUGCAGGAGCAAGACGUUGGACAGACAGAGUCUGGAUACAUGGCAGAUGCUCAGCACAACGAGUACUGCAGUGAUGAUGAAGACCUCUUUGGUGAUUAUGACAGCAUCGCCUGUGACACCUCCUUCCUGGCAAAGCUCGACGAUAUAGAACUGAACUUCGAACAACGCAGCAGUACCCCAGUUCUGAACACUGCUGAGAAUGAGUGUGCAAAGACUAGGGGACAGCACUCAGAUAUCAAACAGCAGCUUGUUCACCUCGAAACAGACUUGAAUACAUUAAAAACCACGGAAAAUUGCAAUGAUCUUAAAAGACCAUCCCACAAGGAGAUCUGUGAAGGUAACUCUUCAGCUGAUGACUUUUUCGCAGAACUGCCAAGUUCCCAGCUUGCGUUUCAGCAAGAGAACCACAAAGCUGCAAUGAAACCAAGGAGUAUGAGUUCUGCAAAAGGGGAACACAGAGAGUCAGACAAUUCCUCCGUGUGUUACACGUCCUCUGCAUUGAGGAGAGAUGAUGGCCCCAUUGUCCUGCAAAACAAAUCAGAGAUGAAGAUCAGAAACCCUGCUUUGCAGAGGAGAGUGAGCUUGAGAGACCAGCUGAAGAAGGCCAUGCUGGGAAAUGCCUUGGUGCAGUCACCCCAGGUGUCUCGUAUGAAAGAACAGAAGCAGACUGUGGUGGAUGAGGAGAUUAAUGUGGCACUGCAAGCCAUGGAACCUUCCUCAGCUAUUGAUCUUGGACCGUUUUUUGGGCUUCCUAGUAAAGUAAAAGACCUGAUCUACAGACUAAGAGGGAUUAAAGAUCUGUAUGAAUGGCAGCAGACCUGUCUGACACUGGACUCUGUACAGCAGAGGAGGAACCUCAUUUACUCAUUACCCACUAGUGGAGGGAAGACAUUGGUUGCUGAGAUACUAAUACUUCGUGAACUGCUCUGCAGAAAAAACGAUGCUUUGCUGAUUCUACCUUAUAUCUCCCUUGUUCAGGAGAAGGUUAGAGGGCUGGCUAGCUUUGGGCUAGAGCUGGACUUCCUUGUGGAGGAGUAUGCAGGAAGCAAAGGCAGGUUUCCCCCAGUGAAGAGGAGAGUGAAGAAAUCCCUGUACAUUGCCACAAUCGAGAAGGCACACAGCCUUGUCAACUCUCUCAUUGAAACAAACAGACUUGACAACCUGGGACUCGUAGUGGUGGAUGAGCUGCACAUGCUGGGGGAUGGCAGCAGAGGAGCAAUAUUGGAAAUGACACUGGCAAAAGUUCUCUAUGUUAGCAAAACAACACAGAUCGUAGGGAUGAGUGCAACCCUGAGCAAUGUGGGAGAUCUGCAGAAGUUCCUUCAUGCUGACAAUUACACCAAUGACUUCAGACCUGUCCAGCUUAAGGAAUAUGUAAAGCUCCAAGAUUGCAUUUAUGAAAUUGAUCCAAAGGAAGAAGAAUGCUUCAAGUUUUCUCGACAGUUAAAUUUUAAGUAUUCCAGUAGUAUGCAGAAGAUGGAUCCUGACCACUUAAUUGCUUUGGUGACCGAAGUCAUCCCAGCACAUUCCUGUUUAGUAUUUUGUCCCACAAAGAAAAACUGUGAAAAUGUGGCAGAAAUGAUCUGCAAGUACUUGAAAAAGAGCUUCAUGCAACACAAAGAGAAAGAGAAGGUCAAUCUCCUCAACGAACUCAAGAGCACGGGGAAUGGCACCAUAUGCCCGGUGUUGAAGAAGACAGUUCCUUAUGGGAUUGCAUACCACCACAGUGGGCUCACGAGCGAUGAGAGGAAGCUAAUAGAGGAAACCUAUGCGUCUGGCGCUCUCUGCCUCCUGACCUGUACUUCCACGUUGGCGGCUGGAAUCAACCUGCCAGCUCGCAGGGUUAUUCUGCGCUCUCCCUAUGUUGCAACGGAAUUUCUGAAGAGAAGCCAGUAUAAGCAGAUGACUGGCAGAGCGGGUCGAGCUGGCAUUGACACGUCAGGGGAGAGUAUCCUCAUCCUUCAGGAGAAGGACAAGCUACUGGCCAAGGAACUGGUGAGCAGAUCAAUGGAAAACUGCUACAGUAACCUGAUGCAUGACAGUGGCAGGGGCAUACUAAGCCUCAUCCUCUCCCUAAUUGGGUUAAGUAUAACAAGGACGUUGGGGGAGAUUCGGGACUUUGUCUCAUGUACUCUUUUCAGCGUACAAGAGAAACAAAUAUGUGGUGAGAAGAGCCUGUGGGACAUUGUGAGUGAAUCACUAGACAUCCUGACAAAGAAGGGCCUUGUUAAAAGCACUGCUGGCGAAGAAGAAACUCUUCUUGAAGUGACAAAGUUGGGUAGAGCCACCUUCAAAGGUUCUGUAGACCUCACCUACUGCGACGUUCUCUACAGAGACUUGUCAAGAGGCCUGGAGGGUCUUAUGCUGAAUAGCCUCCUUCAUUUGAUUUAUUUAGUGACACCUUAUGAGAUGGUCAUGCAGUGCAAGCCAGACUGGAUGAUGUAUUUUAGACAGUUUACCCAGCUGACUGCAGCAGAACAGAAGAUGGCUUCUGCAGUCGGUGUGCCUGAGAGCUUCAUUGCUAAAAAGGCAUCAGGGCAGAGCAUGAAAAAGGCAGUUGACAAUGUAGCAGUGAACAGGCUGUACCUAUCCUUUGUGCUGUUUGCGAUGUUGAAAGAGACUAAUCUGUGGACUGUGGCUGAGAAGUUCAGCCUGACACGAGGCUUUGUGCAGAGUUUGCUGAGUUCAUCCUCAGCCUUCUGUUCAUGUGUCCUGCAUUUCACAGAGGAACUGGAAGAGUUCUGGGCUUACAAGGCACUCCUCACAGAGCUCACUAAAAGACUCACAUAUUGUGUCAAGAUAGAGCUGAUUCCUCUAAUGGAAGUAGCUGGAGUUUUAGAGGCUCGAGCCAAGCAGCUGUACGGUGCUGGGUAUAAGACCUUGGCUCAUCUUGCCAAUGCGGACCCAAAUCUUCUUAUAAAGGCAAUAGAGAACCUCUCCAAACGACAAGCAAACCAGAUUGUAGCUUCUGCCAAAAUGCUGCUAACUGAAAAGGCAGAGGCCUUGCAAGAGGAAGUGGAUGAGCUGCUGACUUUGCCACAUGAUCUACCUUCUCUUUAAACAGUUGUACAGUUCAGUUUUUAAGAAAGACAAAUUGUGUAGAAAUGUAUAAAGCUUGAGAUUUUAUUUUGAAGAACAAAUAAGUGUUUUUUGUUUUUCAAAAAGCUGUCAUUCUUUUUUUCCAGUCCAGCCUCAGAAUGUACUUCUACAGGACGAUCCAUUAUAACCGGUUUCUCUUGUGGGUUCUUGAAAGAAAGCAUAUGUCUGAUGGCUUAAAGUGUCAUCCUUUGUAGAUACGUUCUUAAUUUUCAAAUGCUAAACAAGGGUUUUAUAACUACUGUACCAUUGUAAUUCUAGGUAGCAGAUGUGUGCUGUACACUUAAGUGAUGGCAAUUUAGCGAGGAAAUUGUUUUUAGUAGUGUAAACUUGUAGUUCAAGAAAUUAACAUGUGCCUUUUACUGCUUUCUUCAUUGUUAAUAAACGAGAAGUGACACAUCCACUUUAAAGUUAAUAUUUACAUCUGUACUGUGCCAUUCCAUUGUCAUUUAACUUACAUCUCUGGAAUUUACCAAACAUACAAUCCCUAAUCUAAAUAUAUGUAUAGUGUGACAUCAAGUUCUUUUCUAAGUUAAAUCUUACAAUGAACUUAUCAACCUUAAACAAGGUCUUGUUUUAUUUUUGUUCUGUGAAAUGAGUCGUGCACAAUAUCAUAUGAAGAGGAAAUUGUGGGAUUUUGUUUUAUUACGGUUAUAAUUUGUUAUAUCAUUCUUUUAAGAUUGAUAUAAAUUUAAAUUAUCUAAACCAAAUCUGAGGUUCUAGUGCUGGUCUGCAUUUUUGUACCGGCACUGUGGCAGUUAUUUCAAAGUCCAUACCUGUAUUAUAUCAAUGAGGAUAUGGGUAUUCAUCUUGAUAAUGAUUAACAGUGAGCAAUGCAAAUCUAGAGCUGCAGAAAUAACUUGAAAUUUAGGUUACACUAUACAUCUAAUUUAAUGAUAAUGAAGGCAGUUAGAGGAGAACAUCAAUUUUAUAUGUAACCUUUUUGCUAUACAGUAAGCCAGAAAACCUCUGAAGGCUCAUAGAAAAUGCGUUGUGUGCAGCUGAGACUGUAUAGUGCAUUUCUUUUAAUUUAAUGUUGUUCUGAUACAGUACAUAUGAGAAAACAGUUUCUCCAGCAGUGUUCCAGUUUUUCAAGUUUCCUUCUUUCCGUUAAACCAAAGAUGUAUUUUCUUUAUAUUUUUAUAUUUCUUUACAGCCUUAUGAUCAUGUAUUUUGGAAGUUCACAAUAAAGACAUUAAAAGACA